AUGUUAUCACUGAAAAAUGUGUAUUUUUUCCAAGCUGGCAUUGGCAUCUUAGCCAAUACCUCCCUCCUUGUCUUCCACAUCAUUGCAAUACAUCAAUUUCCUAGACCUAGACCAACAGACAUGAUCACUUGUCAACUGGCUUUUGUCCAUAUAGUGAUGCUACUUACCACUCUAGAUAUUUCAUUGGCAGACAUGUCCAAAUCCCUGGGGUUUCCAAAUGAAUUAAAAUGUAAAGUUUUGCUUUACAUGAGUAGAGUGUCUAGGGGUCUCUCCAUCUCCACCACCUGUCUGCUAAGCAUUGUUCAGGUCAUUACCAUCAGUCCCAGCUCCUUCUUCUUGUCAAGAUUUAAACAUAAACUCACAAAACAUGUUGCCAUUGCUUUCUUCUGUAUUUGUUGCUUCAGCCUGUGUUCCAAUAGCAACAUGAUCAUCUACACUGUAGCUCAUUCCAACAGGACCAAUUUAUUCAGUGUCAGUAAGUACUGCUCACUCAUCUCUGUAAAUUCCACCGUCAGGGCACUAUUUCUCGUGCUUAUGCUGUCCCAGAACAUCUUCUUUGUAGGAAUCAUGCUGCUCUCCAGCAUGUACAUGGUGAUUUUCUUAUGUAGCCAUCAGAGGAAGUCUGAGUACCUUCACAGCAUGAGCAUUUCCCCAAGAAUCUCCCCAGCAAAACAGGCCACCUGUACUGUCCUAGUGCUGGUGAGUUUCUUUGUGAUUAUGUACUGUGUGGAUAUCAUCAUCUCAUCCUUCUCAUUCAUACUGUGGAAAUAUGAGCCAGUUGUCCUGGAUAUCCAGAGAAUGGUGGGAAAUAUUUAUGCCACUGUCAGUCCUUUGGUGUUUAUUAGUUCUGAUAAAAGAAUAGUUGGUAUUUUGAAAAAAGUGCUCUGUAUGUGCCAAACAGUUAAAGAGUUGAUGAAGUAA